AUGAUUACUCUAAAAACAUGUUAUUUGUUAAUAACAAUUUCUUCCUUAGGUUUUGCUGAUGUCUUGAAAUAUUAUUUAUACACCAGGGAUACUGUAGAUCAUCCAGAGGAAUUAUUUCUCAAUGAUGAAAACUCAGUCAGACGUUCAAAGUUCGAUUCGAACUUACAAACCAAAAUAGUAAUACAUGGAUGGUUUAAUAAUUAUAAAGACGAACCAAAUCCUAACGUUCGAAAUGCGUAUUUUCCUAAAGGAAAGUAUAAUAUAAUAGCGGUUGACUGGGGACGUUAUGCCAAAAAUGCUUACCCUGUAUCAUACCCUCACGUACCGGCACUAAGUCAAAUUUUAGCGGAUUUCUUAGAGUUUCUUCAUAAAAAAUUUCGCUUGGAUUAUAAUAAAACAGUGUUAAUUGGACAUAGUGUGGGCGCACAUAUCGCAGGCUUGUGUGGUAAAUUAAUUAAGAGUGAUAAACUAGCAGCAAUAGUGGGAUUAGAUCCGGCAAAUUUAUUUUUUGAAAAUCAACCACCGACAAAACGUUUGGCAGCUACUGAUGCACGUUAUGUACUAACAGUACACACGGGUACCGACACAUAUGGUUUUUUAAAUCCAAUUGGAAAAGCAUCAUUUUAUCCAAAUUGGGGCUCAAAGCAGCCAGGAUGUGGUGUAGAAGCUAUGGGGUUCUGUUCACAUUCACGAAGUGUUAAAUUCUAUGAAAGAGCCGUUAAAGGAAAUUUAUUAGUACCAAUAUACAGGUGCGAGAGUUUCAAUGAAAUUAAGAAGAGAAAAGGAUGCAAAACACGUACAAAUAUAACUCUGGGAGGUCCUUUAGAAACUGAACAAACACAGGUUUUGAUUUUUCAAUGGUCUUAG